UUCUUUAUUUUUCUUAUGGCAGGGAAACGGUAUCUGCUAACAGAAGAUAAUAUAAAGUUACAAGAAUUUCAGCAGGCAAAACUGGCAAUUAGAAAUGAAUUUCAUGGCAAUAAAGAUCAAUAUUUUAAAAAUAUUAAAGAAAAAUUAAAGGAAAAUAGAGUUAUUCUCAAAAAUGAAUUAAAAAUUUUACUGCACUUAUGUCAGACUUCAUCUGAUGUGGAGCUAGCCAAAAAAGUUAUUUACAGGUACCAUGAACAGAAUGGAAGCACAGACUUGCAUGGUUUUAAAUUUGGGCCCCUCUUUAUGAGGCUGUGUUUUGAGCUAGACCUUGAAACACCUGCAGUAGAACUUAUCAAAGAUCAGAAUUUGCAUGGUUUUUUCUCAGAGAGUACAUCCUUCCAUAUUUUGAUGACUAUGUUGUUUAAAAAGGGUCAUUACAAAAGUAAGUACUGAGUUUACUAGUGCAAAUGCAGUUAGAGGAGUGUACUUCUCUCUAUGAGUGUCUGUAUAAAUAUUGAUUGGCUUUAUUAAUAUGAAGUACUGACAAGUUUUUAGAAGACUAAACAUAUAAAUCAGUAUGGAUGCAAAAUAGUUGUAUUGUAUUGUGUAAUAAAGAUGAAGGACUUUAUCUGUUUCAUACUUGGAAUGGCAUUCUUACCAUCUUGCAGUUAUAUGGAAUUAUGAUUGGAACAUUCUUCUUUAAUGUUCUCUAAAAGCUUAACUCCUGUCUGGAUUCUAAUUUCCUGUAGUUUUGUGUGUGUGUGUGUGUGUGUGUGUGUGUGUCCCUAUUCUAUGUUUGUUUUAAACGGUUUUCAGAACAGUAAGUUCUCUAGUACAUUUUUCUAGCAGUUCUGUGUUUCAUAGAAUCAUGGAAUCGUAGAAUCACCAAGGUUGGAAGAGACCUCCAAGAUCAUCCAGUCCAGCCAUCCACCUGUCACCAGUAUUUCCAGCUAAACCAUGUCCCUCAGUAUAAAUUCUAAGUGUUUCUUGAACACAAUCACAGAUGAUGAUUCCAGCACCUACUUGGCAGCCCAGUGCUGUUCAGUGUUCAUGCUUUCAGAGAAAUAGUCUUUCUUAAUGUUCAGCUUGAAUCUCCCCUGGUGCAACUUGAUGCUGUU